UUCCAAUCUUCCAAUUUGGUAUCAGAGACUCUCUUCUUCCUCCCAUGGCUUCCGCCAAAUCCCCAUCAUUUCACCCAGCUCUUGCUCUCACCAACAUAAAAAGUUUUAUUCCAAUUACUCUCGAUCUCGAGAAUGUGGAAUACUCCUCCUGGACUGAACUUUUUAAGAUCACAACCCGUGCCUACCAGGUUGAAGAUCACAUUUUUCCUGUUGAAACGGAUACCUCUACCGCUUCCACUUCCACCAACCCACCUCCAGAACAAACUCCGGAGCAAGUUCUUGCCGCCGCCGCCGCAAAAUCCAACUCUGAGGCUCUUUGGAAACGGCUUGAUGCCAUGGUGUUACAAUGGAUUUAUGGGACUAUAUCUCAUGAUCUUUUGCAUACCAUUCUUGAGCCGGAUUCUACUACCAAAGCCGCAUGGGAUCGCUUGGCCGAUCUCUUUCUUGACAACAAAAAUACUCGGGCGCUGCAUCUCGAAACCGAAUUUUCCAAUACCCGGUUGGAGAGCUUCCCUAACAUUGCUUCCUAUUGCAAGGCUCUCAAAACUCUGGCCACGAAAUUGUCCAACGUCGGUUCUCCCGUCAACAAUCAACGAUUGGUGUUGCGUAUUGUGAAUGGCCUCCCUCCGGCCUAUGACUCGGUUGCUUCUCUCAUCCAACAAACCGUCCCUCUUCCUCCCUAUUCCCAGGCCCGAUCGAUGCUCCUUCUGGAGGAAACCCGGAAGACUCAACAAAACAACUCCUCACCCACUGCUUUGGUUCAUACCGGGGCUCCAGUUGUUGCGCCACGGCCGGAUGUUCAACCUGGGCGCCCUCAAAAUCGCGGCAGGGGGCGUGGCUCUUCACGUGGUGGUCGCAACCGUCCCUCCGGUGCUCCAACGGCACCACAAACUGCCAACCCGUGGAAAAUGCCCCCAUGGGGUUACUGGCCGCCACCAUGGAGCAUUCCGCCGUGCCCCUACCCAUCCAAUGCGUGGCCCGGACACCAAAGCUCUCGGCCUCCCUCUCCCACUGCCGGCAUUCUAGGUCCACGGCCUCAACAAGCACACAUUGCUGCCCCGUCUCCCACUGAUAUCCAUUCGGCCAUGGCCAGCAUGUCACUCACUCCGCCGGACGACAACUGGUAUCUUGACACGGGGGCAAGCUCUCACAUGACAUCACAGGGAGGAACUCCGCACGGGAUUGCUUCUUAUGAGAUGUGGUAGUUCGGGCGAUCUUUAUCCUCUCCGGCCAGCCCAUGUUCGGUCAUCUUCUCCUAAUGCCUUCAUAGCUAUACCGGCCGAGACAUGGCACAGCCGCCUCGGUCACCCUGGCAAUCCCGUUUUUCAGUUUCUUCGUUCAAAUAAAAUCAUUCCAUGUAAUAAAUUAUGUAAUUUGGAUUGUACGGCCUGCCAGUUGGGAAAGCACCAUAAAAUUCCAUUUACUUCUUCGUUGUCUCAUACACAUGCUCCGUUUGAUAUAAUUCAUAGCGAUCUUUGGACUUCUCCUGUUUUAAGUUCAAAUGCAC